AUGCAGGCAUCCGACGACGACAAGCAGCCGGCCGAGGUGCAGCACUCGGAGCACGCCCAACUGCCGGGCUCGUCUCGACAACCUGAGGCUGGCAAGCCCGCCAACAAAGGGGCGGAUCGUGCGCUGGCCCUUAUUGGUCAUGAGAAGGUUGACGUCUCCGAGGAGGAGAACCGCCGGAUCCUGCGAAAGACGGAUCGAACCAUCCUGGCAAUCCUGGUCUGGGUUUACUUCCUCCAGAUAUUGGACAAGAGCGUCCUAGGCUACGGCGCAACAUACGGCCUCAAGGACGACGCGCGCCUCAGUGGCGGCCAAUACUCCCUCAUCGGGUCCGUCGCCCCCAUCGCCCAGCUGGUCUGGCAGCCGUUCUCGUCCUACCUCAUCGUCAAGGUGCCUCAUCGCAUCUUGAUGCCCGUCCUCUGUCUGGGAUGGGGCAUCGCCCAGACCUUGAUGGCGGUGUGCAACGACUUCUCGGGCCUCAUGGCCACUCGCUUCUUCCUUGGCCUGUUCGAGGCUGGUUGCUUGCCCCUGUUCAGCGUCAUCACCAGCCAGUGGUAUCGGCGAGCUGAGCAGCCGCUCCGUGUUGCCGCAUGGUACGGCACCAACGGACUUGCUACAGUCUUUGCCGCCGCCGUGAGCUUUGGGCUAGGCCGCAUUGAGUCCGACGUCUUGAAAGAAUGGCAAAUUAUCUUCCUCUUCGUCGGCCUUCUCACCAUCGUCUCUGUUCCUAUUAUCUACUGGAAACUGGACAACGAUAUCCCCUCGGCGAGAUUCUUGACCGAGGAGGAGAAGCCCAAGGCCAUAGAGCGGCUUCGCGCCAAUCAAACGGGCACCGGCAGCCGAGAGUUUAAAUGGCACCACGUUGCCGAGGCUGCUCUAGAGCCCAAAACCUAUCUGUGGUUCGGCAUGACGCUGUUGCUCAACGUGGGAGCCAGUGUCACCCUCACCUUUGGUCCUCUGAUCAUCAAUGGCCUCGGCUUUGACAAGUACAAGUCCAGCCUGCUCAACAUGCCGUUCGGCGCUCUCCAGACAAUUCUCAUCCUUCUCGCCAGUUACUUGGCCCAAAAGGCCAAGAUGAAGGGAGCCAUUUUGGCUGCCUUCAUGCUGCCGGUGCUUGCUGGUCUGGUCAUCUUGUAUUGCGUUCCUAGAGGUACCGCAAGCCAGGGAGCAUCCCUUGCUGGGUACUAUCUCCUGGCCUUUAUUUUCGCGGGCAACCCGCUCAUCGUCACCUGGAUUGUGGGCAAUACUGCCGGGACGACGAAAAAGUCUAUCAUCAUGAGCAUUUACCAAGCGGCCAGCUCCGUGGGCAACAUCCUCGGUCCCAUCCUAUUCAACGACAGAGACGCACCCGAAUACAAGCCCGGUCUCCGAUCUUGUCUGGCCGUAUUCGCAGCUUUAAUUGGCGUGAUUCUGAUCCAGUGGACCAAUCUCGUGGUGCUCAACAAGGUGCAAGCCAAGACACGGGUGCGCAAUGGAAAGAAGGCGGAAGUCAUUGAUCGCUCCAUGCAAGAGCACUACCACUCAGCCAGGCAUGAAGACGGUGUGCUCCAGGAUGCUGAAGGUGCCGACGAAACAGACGAUCAUACUGGGCAAAACGCCUUCUUGGACCUCACGGAUCGUGAAAACGACGAAUUCGUGUACAUUUAUUGA